AAAAUCAAAAAAUCUUCCGAAUUCUCCAGCGUCGCAGUGAUCCAUAUCGAAAUUCAGACUCCUCAACAUUGACACCUGGAAUCAAAGGAAUAUCGGUACGACCAUUGUAUGUCUGAGAAGUGAGGGACACCAUUCAAGCCUGUCAGCGCCGAACUACCCGACUCCACUUCCCCAAAUUGCACUCAGCUUUCUACGUAUCCCGGACGAACGACGAGCCCGCAUUCAACGACCUGGCCUUUCGUUGACAUCGAACGCCGACGCAAACCUUCGCGACGACGACGUCGCCCGUAAACUCAGCAGUCUUGUAGCACGCUCUUUGCCGUACCGAGACACCAGCGCAAGCAACAGACCAUCAUCUUUGCUGCUGAAUAGUGACGCGACCGGGGCCAUGUCGAAACCGCGCCGAGGGGUCAAGUUCUCCCACCGCACGAAUGGCCAUAUCGCGAGCGACGGGCGCAGGCUCAGCCUGAGUGAGGCCAGUGAGGAAGGAUCGGGUUCUCCUACAAGGACGAGGAGAAAAUCGGAAUUGGAGGAGAUCAGGGAGCAGCCAGCAGCACCACCGCAAUCGUCGGAUUACGAGAAGAAGAAGGCCAACUUCAUAACGCGCACUUUUUGGACCUUCGUCAUGAUUGGAGGCUUCUUCGCUGCCCUCUUCAUGGGCCACAUCUACAUCCUUGCCUGCAUUACCGUCAUCCAGAUCGUGUCCUUUAAGGAAGUUAUUGCCAUCUCGUCGAUUCCCUCGCGGCAACGCCAGCUCAAGGCCACCAAAUCCUUGAACUGGUAUUGGCUGGCAUCCACCAUGUACUUCCUGUACGGCGAAAGCGUCAUCUAUUACUUCAAGCACAUUGUGCUGGUCGACAAGGUCCUGUUACCACUGGCUACCCACCACCGCUUCAUCAGCUUCGUGCUCUACGUCAUAGGGUUCGUGUUCUUCGUGGCAAAUUUGAAGGGCGGCCACCUCAAGUUCCAGUUCACCAAUUUCGCCUGGACGCACAUGGCACUGUACCUCAUAGUCGUACAGGCCCACUUCAUCAUGAACAACGUGUUCGAGGGUCUCAUCUGGUUCUUCCUGCCAGUAUCGCUCGUCAUCACCAACGAUAUUUUCGCUUACUUGGUCGGUAUCACCAUUGGCCGAACCCAGCUUAUCAAGCUGUCCCCCAAGAAGACGGUCGAGGGCUUCGUGGGCGCAUGGGUGUUUACCGUCCUCUUCGCAGCUAUCCUGACCAACUUGUUGAUCAAGAGCAAGUACUUUAUCUGCCCUGUUAACGACCUCGGCGCCAACAUCUUCACCGGGCUGGAGUGCGACCCGAACCCCGUCUUUCUCCCGCACACGUACAAGCUCCCAUACCUGUUUUUCCUCCCGGCUUCGUACAACCAAUCCUUCCAAUUCACCACAGAACCAAUACAGUUCCACAGCAUGAUCAUCGCAACCUUUGCCAGCUUGAUCGCCCCCUUCGGUGGAUUCUUCGCGUCCGGGUUGAAGCGCACUUUUAAGAUCAAGGAUUUUGGUGACUCGAUCCCAGGCCAUGGCGGCAUGACCGAUCGCAUGGAUUGCCAGUUCAUCAUGGGAUGCUUUGCGUACAUGUACUACCACACAUUUAUCGCGCUCAACAAGGUCAACUUUGGGCAGGUCAUGGAACUUGCCAUCACCGGGCUCACGCUCGAGGAGCAAAUAGACCUGUGGAAGGGGAUAGGGAAGUAUCUCGAAAACCAGGGAGCUUUGGGUCCUGAGGUAGCGGCAUACCUGGACUCUGCGAUAGCGAGCCGCCGAUAGUUUCCGGCGGAUCAGUAGUGCGAGCAUGGGGAGUACAAGAAUGUACAACACAACACACAUCAAGAGGUUUCGAGGAUGUUAUUCCGGGGCAGCGACUAUAAACCACACGGAGGUCAUUGCUAUCAGUCCCUCAACAACUCCACGUGGCCGUGGAAUCCGAACUGAGCUGAGAGUUGCUUUCUCACGGUUAUACAGGGGAUCGGACGCAUUAUGACUACAUGACGGUAGACCUACAGAGCAAAGAGAGGGUUUCCGGUUUGGGUUCAGUCCGGUGAGGAUUGGAAAUGACACUGUGCACUAUUAGGGUAUGUGUAAUUGUAGGGGAAAACUGCUCCGUUGUGAUAUACUGGAUUCAAUGAGGGACACGGAAGGAGCCGGGCAUGCAUUUAUAGUGACGCUCCUUGCAGUAGCUCUGAUGGGUUGAUGGUGGAGUAAUGACAGAUAUGAACUUAAGCGUUGCUACCGUGAUGAAACUGACAGG